AUGAAAUAUUCGAUUCUUCUGGUUUUUCUGGUUUCAUCGGUCACCGUUGAUUCUAUAAACUGGGAAUCCACUUUUCGGGAAGAGCAGUUUUUGAAGAAUCAUGCUCUAGAACAAGUCGAUGAAGGCUCCGGAGAUACUGAUGAAGUGUUAGUUUCUGAAAGUACGACGACUUCUUCCACGUCUUCCACAUCAUCAACAACUUCUAAACCUCCUUCAACCACCAAAAAUCCUUUAACAACACCUUCUGCACCAACAAAUUGCUACGAUAUUUCAAAAAAAUGCGCCAGAGUCAAACCAUUGUGCACAAAAGAAGCGUACAAGGCGAUAAUGAUGCGGAAAUGCGCCAAAACCUGUAAUUUCUGUCCACAAUUCGCUAGAUUACCGCAUGCCGCUCGUUGUCGGGACGCAUUCAGAAGCUGCCCAAUCUGGGCUCGCAACGGCUUCUGCCAUUCGACAUACUACACUAUGGAGGAGCGAAGGACGUACUGUCAGAAGAGUUGUCAAGCGUGCUGA